AUGGGCCUGCCCUGGCCCUUUGCGCGGCGAGGGACCUCGGCCGCUGCAGAGGUGCCCGGGCCGUCGGCCUCUGGAGGCGGGGGGGCUCUCUUUGGCCGGCCCCUGGCAGCUCUCUGCAGCCAGGACGGCACGCUGCCCCAGCCCAUCCAGGACCUGCUGGCUCUGCUGCACGAGCACGGGCCAUCCACGGAGGGGAUCUUCCGGCUGGCGGCCAGCGAGCGGGCCUCCCGGGAGCUCAGGGAGGCCCUCGACAGCGGAGCGGAGGUCCGCCUCGAAAGCCAGCCUGCGCACCUGCUGGCCGUCGUCCUGAAGGACUUCCUCCGCAAGAUCCCCUCCAAGCUCCUCGAGGCAGAGCUCUACGAGGAGUGGAUGAGCGCCCUGCAGAAGUCCAGCAGGCAGGAGAAGCUGGCAGGACUGAAGGAGGUGGCCGGCAAGUUGCCCGAGGCCAACCUCCUCCUGCUCAAGCAGUUGCUGGCCCUGCUGCAAAACAUCAGCAGGAACGUGGCCACCAGCAGGAUGACUGCGGGCAACCUGGCCAUCUGCGUGGGGCCAAACCUCCUCAGCCCACCCGAGGAGCACACGCUCCCCCUGGAUGCCCUGGUGCAGGUGACGGGCAAGGUACGCUGUGUUUACCAGCCGGCUACGGCCUUCCGGACCCACCCCAGCUUUGCUGUUCAGAGGUGGAAAGCAAUGGUUUGCUGUGUGCAGGUGACGCGGCUGGUGGAGUUCCUCAUUGAGCACCACGGGGAACUCUUUGAGGAGGAGGAGGAGGAGGCGGCUGGGCUUGCCGGUGCUUCGGCCGAGGAGUCGCCAGCACCGGGGGCAGAAGCAGGAACAGCAGAGGUGCCCAUCUACGUUUCCUGCUUGGAUUCCCCAGAUGAGCUCUGUUACCUGGCCUUCGAGGGGCACGAUGCAGCCCCAGCACCACCUCGGCGGAGGCGAGGAGAGAGUCACCGUGCCCUUCUGCUCUGGCCGGCAGAUUUCACUCGCACACCACCAAGCCGGAGCGGCCCCGCACUGCCCGCAGACCCAUCCCACCCCUCGCAGGAGGCCUUGCUGGCUCGCUCCUCAGCUCCGUGA